AAUUUCCCCAGGUCUAUAAAAUUACUCCGCAUUUUUCUUGCCGUGCCAGUGCCUGGCUGCAUCCGUUCCCCCUCUCUCUGUAUCCUCCAUUGAAGCAGCUUCUGAGCUUUCUGUCUUCCAUUGAAGCAGCUUUUAAGGUGCAGGUGAAUAUUGUGGAGUUUUUAUUUUAUCAUGGUGAAUGCCACCAAAGGACUCUUCAUUUCCUGCGACAUACCCAUGGCGCAGUUUAUUAUCAAUAUGAAUGCUUCAUUGCCAGCAAACCAGAAAUUCAUAAUACAUGUCCUUGAUAAUACUCACUUGUUUGUGCAACCUCACGCGGGUGAGAUGAUAAAAAGUGCCAUCGCAGACUUCAGAGAGGCGAAUACUUAUGAAAAACCGGGUUAAUGUUAUUCGUUUGCCUUUUGAUUUUUAACUUUUUGUAAAAAAAAGUUGUAUAAUAAAUUUCCUUAUUGCUUAAUCAUUGUUGUGAUUGGUUAAAAUUUUCAUAAUGAGUCCCAUUCAUUGGGUGAAUUACGCUUUGUAAGCAAUACAUGAUUCUACCAUUUGUAAACUUUGUUUUUCCUUUAUUUUUUAUGAUCUAAUAUUCUAA